AUGAUCACUAUAAAUUAUGAGCUAAGGGGCAUUGAGUUGAUUUAUAUUUUCAUCAAAAGAAAAAACAAAUGUACUCAAAAAGUUUUGGAUGGUGUCGCUCCAUCACUAAAAUUCGAUGUUAUGGAACAGAGACAACAAAAAUGGCCAGGGAAGAUUACAACUCAGAAAUAUGCGAAACCAAAUCUUAGUAGAAUAUGGUUCUCAAAAGUAUCUCAGGAAUGUGUUCAACUAAUUAAUUCAUUUGGCAUUCCAUGGGUUCAGAGUCCUGGAGAAGCGGAAGCUAUAUGUGCAUUCCUUAAUUCAAAUAAACUUGUAGAUGCGUGUAUUACCAAUGAUGGUGACGCUUUUCUUUAUGGAGCUGAAACAGUUUAUCGUCAUUUCACUAUGGAUAGUCGGGACUCUAGUGUGUGUGUUUUUCACAUGCACCGUAUACUUGACGUAUUGAAUUUGACAAAAUGUGAUUUAGUUCUACUAGGUCUUUUAUUAGGUUGUGAUUAUUGGACAAAUGGCGUGUCUCGCUUAGGUCCAAUCGGAGCUUUACGUUUGGUUGAAUCUUUGAAAGCUGCAAAUCAGCACGUUGAUGAACACUUUCUUCUUGAAAUUUAUCUUGGUUAACAAGUACAUCUCCACAAAACCGCCAAGAUUUCGAUCUUAAUCCUUUUGGUCUUCGUGUAUGUACGAAUGUUAUCAAAAUAUGGUUGCGUGUUGGCGUAGAGUUAAAAAACUGUCCGUUCAAAAAAGUAGGUUAUUGAAAAUAUUUGCAGAAUUUUUAACUAGUUUUAAAAAGCGUAAUUGGAUCUUAACUAAACGGGAAUCUAUUUGUCAAUGGAAACGACCAGAUCCAAGAAAAAUUGUACCUUUUUGCCAAACUCAUUAAAACUGGGAUCCAGCUUAUACACUUC